GCACGCUUCAUUCCAUGUUUUCCUCAAAGCAUCCCGCCUCCGUCACCCUUUGAUAUUUGAUAUCAGCAUCACUGCCUGUCGUUGACCCCACUCGCUGCCCUCUCCCCCAAGCAAAGCAAUGAUCGCGUUGAUGACCCCUGGAGUUUAUGAAAUGUCUUCUGGGGAUAACUAUUGGCCUGGCAGCGGCAUCGCCAACGUCAUGCCCAACACCAACGGCUUCAUGGAGUCCGCCGACCACCAAACUCGCAGGAUCUCGAGGAAAGAUUCGUAUGACGCGCCUGGUGCCCAUUUCAUCAACAAUGGCACGAACUCGUCGUCUUCGUCCUCAUCGGCGGGUGAUGAGCAGCCACAGAUGGCGCAUUUCGAUUCGCCACAGGUCGCGACACUGGAGAUCCGACCUCAUAGCACCACCGGAGAACAGGCAUCCAAGGCGCCUCUAGCACCAAAGCAAGGCAUGGUCGGCUCAUUAGGGAGUUCGAAGACAACCCAGCUAGUCUCUCCGAUAUCUGGGACCUACGCGCUUCGAACACCAAGAGGAAAGAUAACCUCGAUAGCGUGUGAAAGCUGUAGGAAACGGAAAUCAAAGUGCGACGGAGUGCGACCAAGAUGUAACACUUGUCAAGCGAAGAACCUCCCGUGUUUGUACGACAUGGCGGACGGAAAGACGACGACACAGCUUCGAGCGCAUGUUAAAAGACUGGAGAGAGAACUCCACGACGUUAAGUCCCUACUCACUCCACUAGCCAUGGCGUCGAACAGAGCAGCAGCGCUCCAGCUUGCACAAGAAGUGUCAAGGAAUGGAUUUGCGCGCCACUCUGCCAAAGCAAUGUCCAAGACUCUUAUGGACUCGUCUCAAAAUCAGCAAAGCGAUGGAGGAAGCUCAGACAACGAUUUACAAAUGGAAACAUCCCAAAACCUAGUUGCAUCGUCAUACGACAGCUCGUCCCGGGAGCAAAGUCGAGAUUCAAGCCAGAACGGCUCCCACUAUUCUUUGCACCAAAAUAUCGAGCCACCAAUACUACCCUUCUCUUACAUACCCAAUGAUCCCGUGGGCAAAUUCAGCUUCGACUGCGCUUUUUAUCGAAGGACCAAACGGGAGCUUCUGGCGAAUGAGUGGGAUCCGCUACAAAUCUUUGGCCGGGGAGAGGUAGACGUCGACUCGAUACUACUAGGGUUUACAGACGCCUAUGAUGGACAGACGGUCCCAACCUGGUCGUCGCGUACAAUCAAUAAGAUGCUCGGAAGCCAUCCUCUACCAAUUCAACUCGCAUCUGCAUACCUGCUCACCAAGAUGAUGAAGUGGAUGAUAUGGCCAAGCGUUGAGAAUAUGAACGAGCUACCAGAGUGGCUGAUGCCACUAGCUCGACAGGACUGUACGGCGUAUGACCUUCUUGUGGAUCUUAUUCCUUGGCCAAGACUCCGACAGUAUCUCUAUGACCAUCCCACCGAGUUCAGGCCGGGGGCUUUCAUCGGGCACAUCUGUAUCAAUUGGCCUUUCCCCAAUGAAGCUUGCCAUUACUGGGACACGGAGGCUGGGUGCACGAGGUUGACGCCGGUGUUCCAAGCCCAGAUUGCCGACCUCAACAGCUGGUCGAUGGACCCGACGGCACUGCAGGUAAUGCCAUCGCUAGUCGGGAUGGUGCCUAUUCAAUCGGGAUGAUGCCUAUUCAAUCGGGAUGAUGAUAAUGUGGUUGAUAAUGCGGGUCCACGGUUUCUUUUGAAUUGGUGUAUGAUAUGAUACCUUUUGUGCUUUUGGGAAAUAGGGAAAGAUUUGGUUUCGGUGUCCGUCUAAUCUAAUGAGAGCUAAGAGCCUGGAAAAGCUAGCAAUUUUCUUCGUUGUAUACACUCUGCGCAACAUUUAUACCAGGUAGUACAACAUCCCAAUGUGCACCCAAGCAGUUUCCUUUCCCGUUCAGGGAACUGAGCUGCUCAUGCUCCAGCCUGAGCUGUGGCUGUGUUGGGGUGAGCGUAUU